GAAAAGUGUCUCAGUUUUCGUAUAUGUUUAAGAGACACUGACAAAACGGGAGUUUUAACGAGUCAAAAUGUUUGCAUGGGUUACCUGGUCUGUUUACGUCUAUCUGUUUCAAGCGUGCGUUGUGGCAGUCAGUGGUCUGAGCUCAAGAAAGAUUGAAGAAAUAGUUUCCGAACACAACGCUUACAGACGUCUGGUAGCUCAAAGAUACAACAUAUCAAACAUGAACAAACUGAACUGGAGCGAUUCCCUUCGUCAGAGAGCGGAUCAGAUACUCACGUGCAGUCGGAGGUCACGAAGGACGCGUGCGUCACACGAGAGUCUGGGACGCAGUAGCUCAGGCGUCCGGUCUGUACUGACCACGUGGUUUGAGGAGAGCAGACACUUCUUAUCCGAACACCAGGCGUGUCUUCCCUGGAACAGCUGUGACAGGUUCAGGCGGAUGGUGAACGCUGAACAGACACUGGUUGGGUGUUCACUGAAGACGUGCGGUCGUCUUGCUCACAGACAUCAAGUCAUGGUUUGUCUGUAUGAGGGAGGGUCUGAAGACUCUUUCAGCUUUAAAACUGGAGAUAGUUGUACACACUGCGGAGACGCGGCACCAUUCUGUGAAGGCAGGCUCUGCGUUCCAUGCAAUAAAGAAGAAAGAUCGUGUGACUGUCGAAAGUCGUGUCACGGAGAUGGUGUCGGGAAUGGUACUCUCAACUCCACCACGUGUGUCUGCACGUGUCAGUAUGGACUGGGACCCAACUGCGAUCUGGAGUGCAAGAACCCCGAGCUGUACGAAGACUACGACUACUGCAGCACGCUCACCAACGACGACUGUAACGACCCGGAUGUUGACCUCAGAGCAACCUUGAGGGAGUAUUGUCCGGAGCAGUGCGUUUGUCGGCCGUAUCCAGUGACAUCCGAGGGUACAUAAGUAAAGCCGUGAAUGCACACCACACCCUGCUAAACAGAGAUGCCGACAUGGCAGAAUUAAAUUGUUCUAUAAAACAGAAACGCUUUAUGUUCAGCACACGCAAACUCCAGUCGGACAGACAGCCUCACAGAUACACGGACAUACAGAUCAAUUCGUGCUGUUUGAUUUCUACUGGGUGGCUACAGAAAACGUAAUGCAUUCGUACAGCAUUGUGUCGUUUUGAGCAUGUAGGACCGAAUUUGCAGUCUGUGCACUUUUAAUUUUUAUGAAUAUAUAUCUCUACACUGUAAGCUUACGGUUUAUGAGAAUAAAGGUCAUUGUCAUUGUCAUUGUUUAUGUCUUACACACGUGUAACUACAUACAUUUAAUGACAAUGCUUAAGUAAACACCUGCGUUUUAAGAAAAACAGAAUACGUAAAUUCGGCCCGUAGUUUAUCUUAAUGAAUUUUGUAACGACAUUCGAUUUUGUGUUUCUGUGUGUUAAAGUCUAGUAAAAACUGU